UGUAAAACCCUUGCACAAAUCGCAAAAAUUCACAGGGCAGCCAAGUUCUAUGUCACCCUUCCAUUUCAUCUUCCGUUCAUCCCGACACUCUCAGCGCCAAAUCCACAGCCAUAGCUACUCCUAUUCCGCCACCACCACCACCACCACAACAACAACCACCAAAUGGGUCCGAGAUCGCGGCCUCGACCACGCCGUCGAGAAGGAGAAGCACCUCAAACCCAUCAUCAACAUCAAGAAUCUCAUCAAAUCAGAGCCCUCCAAAUCCCUCCCAAUCUCCAUCAUCACCCAGAACAGACACUCCCUCAGCAUCCCCACCCGCCCCAUCGAUUUCAUCCGCAGAUACCCUUCGGUUUUCGAGGAAUUCCGGCCCGGCGGCAUUGGGAUCCAUCCCCACGUCCGGCUCACCGCCGGUGUCCUCGACCUCGAUUCUGAAGAGCAGCUGAUGUAUCAGAGCCAGACUUACAAGCAGCAGGUCGCCGAUCGGCUUUUGAAGCUCUUGAUGCUCUGCAGAGCGAACAAAAUACCCUUGUCUCUCCUCGACACCUUGAAAUGGGAUCUGGGUCUUCCUCAAGAUUACGAGCGGAGCAUUGUGCCUGAGUUCCCGGACUAUUUCAGGAUAGUCGGGGUGAAGAAUUCGGAGGAUUCCCGGGUUUUGGAGGUAGUUUGUUGGAAUGGUGAAUUGGCUACUUCAGCUAUUGAGAAGAAGACGAUGAAAGCGGAUUCGGGCUACGCAAAAGGAAUGCCGAUUGCGUUUCCGGUGCAGUUUUCCGGAGGUUUGGAGAUCGACAAGAAGGUGAAGAAGUGGAUUGAUGAAUGGCAGAAACUGCCGUACAUUUCUCCAUAUGAGAAUGCAGCUCAUCUUUUGCCCAAGUCUGAUGAAUCCGACAAGUGGGCUGUUGCUGUUUUGCAUGAGUUUCUGCAUAUUCUGAUUCCCAAGAAGACGGAGAAGGACAUUAUUCUUGGCUUCGGAGAGUGUUUGGGGAUCCGUUCGAGGUUCAAAAGAGCAUUGCUUACUCAUCCAGGUAUAUUCUAUAUUUCAAGCAAAAUUGAUACCCACACUGUGGUUUUAAAGGAAGGUUAUAAGAGAGGUUCGCUUGUCGAAAGUCAUCCAUUGAUGAGUAUGAGAAAUCAGUACAUUCAUCUUAUGCAUUCUGUGAAAGAAGAUAGUAAUAAAAUUGUAAGUGUUCCUGGUGGAAGUGGUAGUGCUCAAAAGGUGAAGCAGCAGAGCGGCGGUUCUGAAGGAAAAAGUGAAGGAGAGGAAGACGAUGAGGAGGAAGAGGAAGUAUCUUUGUCUGAUGCUGAAAUGGAGGAUGAAGAUGAGAAUGAGAAAGAUUAUCAGAAAAGUGUUGCGAGUGGUAGAGGAAGAAGAAGAAGGGAAAAAGAUUUAAAUGGGGAAGGGCAUAUUAGAAAGACUAGAGAAAAAGUUUCACCUAGAGUUUCUAGAAGAAGAGGAAAUCAGGAUAAGCAUGAUGUUGGUGCUAGUACGAGAGAAGUGUCUGGUGCUGAAACUGGGGAUGAGGAUGAGAAUGAGAAAGGUUAUCGAAAAGGUGUUGCGAGUAAUAGAGGAAGAAGGGGGGAAAAACAUUUAAAUGGGGAGAGGCAUAUUAGAAAACCUGAAAGAGUAAGGUCAGAUGGAAAAUACUCCAGAAGGACUAGUGAAAGAGUUUCGCUUAGAACUUCUAGAAGAACAGAAAAUAAGGAUGAUCAUAAUGUUGGUGCAAGUUGGAGAGAGAAAUCGAAUGGCUUUAAAAGCAGCAGUCAGAGGUCACUGGCAGGUGCAUGACUUCUAUUUAGUUGAAGAUUCAACUGUUCUACUGCUGUAACAUAUGGAUAGGUUUGCAUCAAGACCUAAUUUCCUCUUGUUAUGAGUUCAUUAAUAUUGAAUUUUCCUGCUUUUAAGAAUUUGUAGUGGAGAUUAUGAAUUAUCAUUAUAAUAUAACGUCAGAUUCACAUAUUGAGAUA